AUGUUGAAACUCGAGGAGUUCUUGAAAGGAUGUUGCUUGAUUUUGAGUCUUGUACUAAGUUCCCUGCCACAAUGCCAGGGAACUCAUGUACUUGCAGUCUUGCCAAGUGUUUGGAAGUCACAUUACUUAUUUGGUUAUCAUUUGCUCGAGCAAAUGGUCCAACAAAGAAAUUACUCAGUUACUUUAGUGAGCCCCUACAAAGGUGGUGGUCGUGAGAGAAGUUCCGGCGAACUGAUGGAUCCAAGAUUUAAGGAAAUCCAGGUUGAUGGUUUAUUGGAGAAUUGGUCGGAAAUGGGACUAAGCUUUGACAUUGAAGAAAUGUACAGUAAAUCUGUUAUGGAACAUUUUACACGGCUGAUGUAUGCCACCACCAGUAAUACCGAUGCACUGUUACAAAGUCCAAAAGUGCGUGAAUUACUACACUCACAACAGCAAUUCGAUUUGCUAGUUGUUGAUCUAUUUUUAAGUGAUGCAUUAAUGGGAUUAUCAUUUUUCUAUCAAAUACCCACUGUAGUUUUGAGUCCAAGUGGCUCCAACACUUGGCUCAAUCAACGUUUCGGCAAUUCCCAAAAUGCCGCCUUGGACCCCAGCAACUUUCUGGCUUACUCAAAACACAUGAACUUGUGGCAGCGUAGUGUUAAUACGCUAAUGGUUAUGUUUGAGAAGCUAACCUACUCCUUUUUCCACAUGAUCUCUCAGCAAGUUGUCUACACAAAACACUUUGAACCUCUAUGCCAAAAUGCAGACUGGUGUAAUGUAUUGCCCGACCACAAAGACCUCAUACAAAAUCUCUCUUUAGCUUUAAUUAAUACACAUCCUACUCUACAAUAUCCUCGAGCAUUUUUACCCAAUAUGUUAACCGUAGCCGGAGUCCAUAUCAAGAGUGGAAAUGACAAAGAACUUAUUUUGCCUACACUUAAUGGUUUCCAUUUACAGCAUUUAAAGGAAUUCAUAGAAGAAGCUCCACAAGGUGUUGUCUACAUUAGCUUUGGAGCCAAUGUUUAUGAUUUUCCCCAGGAGAAAAUAGAGUUAUUUUUAGAUGUCUUUGAAACACUGCCUGACAUGCGUUUUAUUGUCAAAUACGAUGAAGAUGAGCCAUUGGAAAUGACCCUAAAUGUAAGCAGUAAAGUUAUGGUACAAAAUUGGUGGCCCCAACAAGCAAUAUUGGCCCACAAUAAUGUAAAACUAUUCAUAAGUUCCUGUGGUUUUAUGAGUGUAACGGAAGCGAUUAACUUUGUAAAACCCAUUUUGGCAAUACCCAUAACACCAGAACAACAUGUUUUGGCCAGAAAUCUACAAGAUCAAGGCUCAGCCUUUAUCUUAAAUUAUAACGAAUUAUCCUAUGAUGAACUUUUGUUUGCUAUAAAUGAAACUUUGACAAACUCGAAGAAAUAUCACGAAUCAUUGUCCAUGUUAAAGUCACAACUCACCAAUGAUUUGUUGGGCCUUAAACCAAUGGAUAAAGUUUUGAAUGCAAUUGAAAUGACUCUCAAUACCAAAGGCCUGAAUUAUUUAAAAACCCAUUCUCAUCAUUUGAAUUUCUGGAGUUCAAUACUAAUGGAUGUAAUGCUCAUAUUGCUCUUUGGUCUGUUGGCAAUUUUAGCUAUACCCUUCCUAUUGACCAGUUGUAUCUUGCGUAAAUCUUAUCAAAGUCAAACGACCAACAAUGUUACAAUGUUAAAAAAUCAAAUACGUUACCAGCGACAGGUUAAUGAUUUCCUCAAUAAUUGUUCGAAUCCCAAGCAUCGGCAUGUACAUGAAAGUGCUGAAGAUUUAUCCUUGAAAACUGUGCGCCGUUCAUCGUCAAACUCGGAUUUGCAACGCAAACGUUUAUCAUCAGUUUGUUCGCAUAGUUCAUCGUGUUUUUAUUGCUCGUCGGGUUCAUCGUCAGCACCUGGCACACCGUUGACACGAGAAUCGCCCUCCUUCAGUAAAUCCCUGGAAUCAAAUGACACUCAAUAAAUAUAU